UAAAAUGCCGCAUUUGAAUAUCUCAGAGGCAAAAUGGACGACGAAUUAAAUAAAAGUAUACUAAUGUUGUGUUUCGGGGCUGCAGCCAUGCAGGCACUCUUGGAAGAGGAAAGUAGAAAACCACGCAGGCUUUGGAGAAGACGGGAACGACAUGAAGAAGAACGAUUCUACGAAAUGGUAUUUAAGGAGUUGCGCAUCGAAAAGCCGCGGCUUAAAGAACAUUUUUGGCUGAUGAAUGCCACAACUUUCGAGCACUUGUUGGGACUUGUAGGACCCCUGAUAACAAAAAAGGACACACUGAUGCGCAGUGCUAUUUCAGCUAAGUGCCGCCUUAUGCUGACAUUAAGGUACUUGGCAACCGGAGAAAAAUUUCGAGCCCUGCAACGCACCUUCCGAGUGCCACACACCACGAUAAGCAAACUAGUGCCAGAGGUUUGCGCCGCAUUGUAUAGAGUGCUUAAAGAUGAUUAUAUUAAGUUUCCCUCAGAUGAAAGCGAAUGGAAACAGAUUUCGGAUGGUUUUAACACAAUAUUGAACUUCCCGAACUGUAUUGGCGCUAUCGAUGGAAGGCAUGUCGUGAUGGUAGCGCCGGCAAGUACGGAACGCAUUUAUCAUAACUACAAAAGACUGUUCAGCAUUGUUCUAAUAGGAGUUGUAGACGCCAAUUACAAGUUUAUUUAUAUUGAUGUCGAUUCGAAUGGUAAGGCUCCAGCUGACGGAAUCUUCCAGCAUACCCCAUUGAGUGAGGGCUUACUGGCCAACAAUUAUAAAUUGCCGAUGGACGCUCCGUUGCCACUGCGCCAACUUCCUAUGCCGUUCCUUAUGGUCGGUGGCGAUGCCUUGCCCUUGAACCGCAGAGUUCUUAAACGCUAUUUGCAAACAGAUUUAUGCCCGAUGGAAGAAGUUUUUAAUUACCGUCUGUCCCGAGCUUACAGUUCGAUUGAAAAUGCUUUCGGCGUAUUGUCGUAUAAGUUCAGUGUUCUGAAUAGUCCGAUAGCACUUAAUCCAGAAAAGACACGCUUAGUUACCUUGGCAUGUUGCGCUCUGCACAAUUAUUUACUUGAAAUGGCUCCGAAUUAUAUAACAAGAGCCACAGUCGACAGAUAUGAAUCAAAUGGACUACUUAUUCCCGGUAAAUGGCACAAAUCCACCGAGUCCAAAACAUUCCAUGCCCUCGAGCCGCAUACCGCAUUUUUGGAUGAAGGAGUAAAAGACAUACAGGACGAGUUUAUCGAGUAUUUCAUUGAAGAAGGUGAUCUUCACUACCAAUACAAUCAUAUUUAACUUAAAAAAAUACACCAAUACAAAAUAAGAAUUAAUAUUUAUUAUUAUAUUAAAAGCUACUCG